AUGAAAUUGGCUGAUCGUAAAAUGUUAUCUGUUCAUUUGGAUAUGUCUGCUAUUAAAUAAAUUGUAUCAAGUGCUUAUCCUCUUUCGACAAAACGUAAAAUUGAAACAAGUCCUACAAGUCCUAAUACUGACAGAUUAUUAUCUGAAAAUAAAUUAAAGCAUAUUUAACCUUUUCAUUCAAAUAAGAGUAAAAAUAUCAAUACAAUAUAAAAUAUCAUUUCAAAUUUCAAAAGUAAAGUAAAUAAAGAAAAAGAGAAUAAAUCUAUUUCAAUAAUGUCUAAAUUCCCUCUUUUAGUAGAUUAAUUUGUUAAGUUUUAUAAUCUUACUUAAAGUGAAAUCCAAGAAAUAGCAGAAUUAAAAUAAGUAUAUUAUUAUUAGAAAUCUAAAAUUUCAGAUGAUGGUGUUAAUGGAUAAUAUUUAUGUUAUGCAUAAGAUCAUAUAAGAUAUUAAUAUGAAAUUAUUAGUCUUAUUGGAUAAGGAAGUUUUGGUUAAGUGUUUUAAGUUUUUGAUCAUAAAACUUAAAGAACUCUUGCUCUUAAAAUAAUCAGAAAUUAAGAAAAAUUAAAAAAGUAAGCAUAAAUUGAAGCAAAUCUAUUACAAAUAAUAAAAGAAUAAGAUUAAUUAAAUUAAUCUAAUAUUGUAAGAAUAGAAGAUUAAUUUAUAUUUCGUGGUCAUUAAUGUAUAGUUUUGGAAAAAAUGGAAAAAAAUAUCUUUGAAAUCUUAAAAUAAUAAAAAUUUAGAGGAUUUGAUUAUCAAACUUUAAGAUAAUUUGCAUAAUAAAUCUUAGUUGCUUUAAAUUAUCUAUAAAAAUUAAAUAUCAUUCAUUGUGAUUUGAAACCUGAAAAUGUAAUGAUUUAAGAUAUGAAAUAAAAAAUAAUUAAAUUAGUUGAUUUUGGUUCUGGUUGUUUAAAUGGAAAUCAAGUCUAUACAUAUAUAUAAAGCAGGUAAAUUAUUCCUAUAAUUAUUAUAGAUAUUAUAGAGCACCUGAAGUUAUUUUUGGAUUAAAAUAUGGAAUGGAAAUUGAUAUGUGGAGUUUUGGAUGUUUAAUUGCAGAAAUACAUUCUGGAUAACCUAUAUUUCCUGGUGAAAAUGAAGUUGAAUAAUUUCAUUUAAUUAUGGAACUAAUAGGAGAACCUUCUAUUGAAUUUGUCUAAAAAUGUCCUAGAAAAAAACAUUUUUUUGAUGAGUAUGGACAUCCUAAGAAAACAAUUAAAAAUUAUAGAAAUCCAAAUUCAGUCAAAUUACAUGAUUUAUUAAAAACUACAGAUGAUGAUUUUGUUGAUUUUUUAUCUAAGUGUUUUACUUGGGAUCCUUAAUAUAGAUUGAAACCUUAAGAAGCAUUAAAUCAUCCUUGGUUAUAAGGAGUAGUAAUUUAGAAAAUUUGUAAUUAAAAUUAGACAGAGAGUACUAUAUUUAAGAAAACAAAGACAUAAUCUAAUUUAAUAAAGGAAUUUGAAAAGAAAUUAUCAAAAGAAAACAUAUUCCUAAAGUUGGAAUAGACAAGAACACUUAUAGCAAAUAAUUUUAUGGAAUAUAAACCUAGUAUGAAUUAUGAAAUUUAUAAUAGAUCUGAAUUAAAAAUAUAAAAAUGAGAAACCUAUAUUAACUGAUAGAUUAAGAUCAAAUAUUCCUCAUUCCAUACAUUAGAUUCUAUCUUGUAGAUCAAAAGAUACAAAUAAUUUUAAAUUUAUUAGAAAACCCUCUUUGGGAUGA